AUGGAUGCGUUACAUUCACAGACACAAGUUUCUCCUAAAGUCAUUAACUUGGGUAGGAAUUCAGUUGAUGAACAGCUUCAAGCAAUGAUGGUAGAGUCGACAAACCUGAAGGAAACAAUUUUUUCUUUAAGAGAGUUAGUCAAGAAAGAAAAGUUAAUUAACAGGCUAACAGAUAAUGAUAGAAUGACUAAGUUUUAUACUGGGCUGAAGUCAUGGAAACUUUUUGAAAUUAUUUAUCAAUUAAUUUUGCCUGGAAUUCAUGAUUCAAGUUCGUUUACUAAACGAUCACUUCCAACAAAAGAGCAAUUCCUUCUAGUUCUAAUGAGGUUGCGACUAAAUUUAUGUGAACAAGAUUUAGCUUACCGCUUUCAUAUUUCUCAAAAGUCAGUUUCAUCGUAUUUAGUGAAAUGGAUUGACGUAAUGUAUAUUCGUCUAUCCCGGAACUUUAUGAUUUGGCCCACAAAGGAAGCUUUGUUGAAAUCAACACCAACAUUUUUCAAAAAAAAAAAAACUUUUAGAAUUUUAAGAGAUAGAGUACCAGUUCCGUUAAUAUCACGCGACGAAGACAACAUUUCUCAUUUUGAUAAAAUUGCUUUUGUUUGUUGUUGCCUAAGUAAUGCAAACCCCAGCGUUGUACCGAUACGGUAACUAUUGCUAACAGUCUUACAUCUAUUGACCAAUGAGACAAUACAAAAAUCUUUCACAGAA